CUCCGUCCCAGCUUGGAGGCCAGGACUUUGCCCGCCUUCCCAGCACGCCUGGAAUGUCAACAGACCGUGUGACACAGGCCUCGCCAUGGUGUCUGGGUCCCGCGGGCCGGCCCUCCUCUGCUCUCUGCUCGGCCUGCAGGCAUCUCUGGCCGCAGUCUUCCUCACCCAGGAGGAGGCCCACGGCGUCCUGCGCAGGCACCGGCGCGCCAACUCGUUCCUGGAGGAGCUGAGGUCCGGCUCCCUGGAGCGGGAGUGCGGAGAGGAGCGGUGCUCCUUUGAGGAGGCCCGGGAGAUCUUCCAGAAUGCCGAGAGGACGCGCCCAUGGACGGCGCCUCUCUGCGCGGGGCCCUCAUUUCCAGCCGGAAAAUGCGCUUUGAAAAGCAGGCCCCGGGGGGGCCCUGCCUUCCCAUGGACGCUGCCCGCCCCCGACCCCCCGCCCCCAAAGCGGCCCGAGCUCCGUGCAGGGGCUGCUGAUGGAGCAGACGGCGGGGACGCUGGCCUGGGCCUCUCCCAGCAGCCCCCGCAGGCGCGGGCGGACACCUCGACCGCGGCUUCAGAGAGCAAACGUGUGGGGGCCGCUGCGGAGAGCCGCCCCACGGCUGUUUGCACGCUGGGAAAGAAGCAGUUCUGGGUUUCUUACAACGAUGGGGACCAAUGUGCCUCGAAUCCGUGCCAGAACGGGGGUUCCUGUGAGGACCAGCUCCAGUCCUACAUCUGCUUCUGUCUCGACAAUUUCGAGGGCCGGAACUGUGAGACAAACAAGAAGGACCAGCUGAUCUGUAUGAACGAGAACGGAGGCUGUGAGCAGUACUGCAGCGACCAUGCAGAGACCAGGCGCUCUUGCCGGUGCCACGAGGGGUACGCGCUCCAAGACGAUGGGGUGUCCUGCGCUCCCACAGUGGAGUAUCCGUGUGGAAGAAUACCUGUUCUGGAAAAGAGAAAUGGCCGCGACCCCCAAGGCCGAAUUGUGGGUGGCAAGGUGUGCCCCAAAGGAGAAUGUCCCUGGCAGGCUGCACUGAAGCUGGACGGCGUGCUGGUGUGUGGGGGCGCCCUGCUCGACGCUGCCUGGUUGGUCUCUGCAGCCCACUGCUUCGACAGAAUCAGGAACUGGGAGAACCUGACGGUGGUGCUGGGCGAGCACGAUCUCCGCAAGGAGGAGGGCGAGGAGCAGGAGCGGCACGUCGCCCAGAUCAUCAUCCCCGACAAGUACAUCCCCCGCAAGACGAACCAUGACAUCGCCCUGCUGCGCCUGCGGACGCCCGUGGCCUUCACCAACCAUGUCGUGCCCCUGUGUCUGCCCGAGAAGGCCUUCUCCGAGAGGACGCUGGCCUUCAUCCGCUUCUCCACCGUCAGCGGCUGGGGCCAGCUGCUGGACAGGGGCAUCACGGCCCUUGAGCUCAUGGCCAUCGACGUGCCCCGGGUGAUGACCCAGGACUGCCAGGAGCAGUCACACAGGAAGGCGGGCUCUCCGGCAAUCACCGAGAACAUGUUCUGCGCCGGCUACCUAGAUGGGAGCAAGGAUGCCUGCAAGGGGGACAGCGGGGGCCCGCACGCCACCAAGUUCCAGGGCACCUGGUACCUGACGGGGAUCGUCAGCUGGGGGGAGGGCUGUGCGGCCGAAGGUCACUUCGGGGUGUACACCAGGGUCUCCCAGUACAUCGAGUGGCUGCGCAGGCUCAUGAGCCAGAGCCCAACCUCGGGAGGCCUCCUCCGGGCCCCGCUGCCCUAGCCUCAGUGCAGGGCCACCCUAAUAAAGCUGCCACCCGUCCCUGCUCUGUUCCAGAAACACCCUGCACUUCUGGAGUGGGGGAAGGGGGUGCAAAGCUGGCUGAGCAGGAUGUGCCCGGGGGGAGCACCGAUGUGCCUGCCAGGGAGGGGACGCACUGUUUCCCAGGGGACCGUGCUCCCCUGACGGCCGUUGUGGUGGUGCGUGUGCACGUCGGCAUGCAUACAUUGCUGCCUACACAUCAGCACACACACACCUGCAUCCACAUAUCGGCGUGCUUACACUUGCGUGCUCACACUGGCACACACACCUGUGUCCACACAUUGGCGUGCUCACACUUGCGUGCUCACAUCUUUACGUUCCAUUCCUGUCUUCUUGCACAAGCAUGUCGCCCUCAUUUCACGUACACGGGAAGCAUCAUCCAUUCAUCCUGGGGACUGUCCUUCCAGAUCUAUCUGUGUACGUAGCUUUGACCAUAAAAUGUGAGGCUGUCACCCUC